GCUAUCUCAGCUUCUGCAUAGGUCAUUCUUGAACCCACUCGACUCUCCUUUCUAUCAAUUUCAGCUACCCCGAUCAAUCCGAUCGAGCUGUCGAAUCUCUCGAGCCCAUCGAGCCGGUCGAGCGACACUCCGUUUCAUACCAGGGACCCUGUACCCGUGUUGUCUGUUGUAGACACCUUCCGUCCCGAUCUCCCCGACCCCCGAUCCCCCCGAUCAUGCCCACUUGAUCUCGGCUCUUUCUUGUGUGAUCCGGGUUUCCGAGGAGUGAACAGCAACAAUGAGUGGCUCUGAUCGUUCGCGGGGCCCGCCUCCUGGCGAGUUCCCUCCAAGGGAUCCUCGCCGCGCGCCAGAGGGGUCAAUGUCGAGAGCCGAGAAGUUCGAGGAUGAAAAGAAACGAAUUAUGCAAAGUUGCUUCUCAAGGAAAGACAGUGAUGGAACAUUGGUCGAUUCUUAUAUUACUCAUGUGCGCAUCACCGAAGACUCCGCGUAUCCAUCCUCUCCGCCGCCGCCCAACUCGCCCCCCGAGAAUAAGAAGCCUCGAGUGAUUAUCGUGGCCGUGAGACGCUCGGGUCGGGUGCGCAUGCACAAGGCCAGGGAAAACAACGAUGGCACGUUUUCAAUCGGAAAGACGUGGAUGCUCGACGAUUUGUCUUCAAUCGUCUCGUACAACGCAUUUGUGCCGUCGAAUCCAUUGGAACAACAACACAAGCAGUGGGCAUCAAAUGUUGGCUUUGUGGUUACUAUUGGGAAGCCGUAUUACUGGCAUGCUAGGACCUCUAAAGAGAAGGAGUUCUUCAUCGGCAGUCUGGUGAAAAUCUACAGGAAGUAUACGGGCGGCAAAGUGCCGAAUCUCAUCGGCUUCGACGAACGCGAGCGCGCAUUGCUUGUUGGUGCGCCUCCUGGAGCCCCUGGAGCAAAGACGUCCGGCGCGAACUCCCCUCAGGGGAGCCAAUCUCAGUCACCAUACUCCAGUCGGGCACCCAGUCGCGAUGGGCCCAAACGCCCACCACCCGAAGAGCAGGCUCUGCGAGCCCAGAGAAGCCGUGAUCCAGUGGGCAGACCCUCUACUGGGCAAUCCGGGAAAAGCGGUACUCCUCCUUUUGCGCCGCCGCAGCAACCUCCGCCCUCUAUCCCGCUCGAUCAGCCGCCACCACGCGCGGACGCCAGGAUGCCCAAGGCACCCAUAGCGCCACCGCCUGAACUCCGGAAUAAGGAAAUCCCUGGCAGUUUACUCGCUGCAUCGGCAGGGAACCAAAUGCCGAGGCCCAGUGUAGACUCGGAGGCGAGCUCGUACCCGGACAUGCGGCCAUCGUCGUCGCGUGACGGCAGGCCACCGCUACGCACUCAACAGUCAAGUCAAAGCUCACUGCGCAACAAUGAUGGUCUCCGGCCCACAACUCCAGGGUCAGUUCCGAGCGAAAGCCGAAACAUCCUGCAAAGCCCAGGCGGUAGCAUGGGGGUGAAAUCACCGUUGAAUGAAGGCAGCGACAAGGCGUCCGUAGAUGCUCCUGCAGACUUGUCGGGCAAGCAGUCAUUCAGCGACCAACCUGCCCCGUUGAAGCCAACCCCACUCGCGACUACUACGAGUGUACCGGCGGCCGCCGAAACAGCGGCAUUGGAGUCCGCCAACGAACCAGGACCUAGCGGUUCCGCCGCCGAGAUUGCCUCCAUGUCUCCGGUCAGCUCGUCUGAGGUUCCUCAAUCCCCCGUGGAUGAGGAGGAUGACGGCUCACAUCGCCCUGGCCUUGGCCCCAUGAUCAAGAAGAAGCAACACAUGGGUAUGGGCGUGGCCGGGGCGUUUCGGAAAGCUGCUACGGCCUAUGGGGCCUUUAAGCCGAGACCCGGAGGCGCCGGUGAGAGGUUGCUUGCCGCCGCAAAGAGACAACAGGAUGGUACGGAGCCAGACGGGAUCACUGGCGUCGUGCCUGCGCCGUCACUGCGCACAAGCCAUGAGGCUACACGGCCCGGUUCCCCUGAAACCCCAGUCAACGAAGCACCCUCUAUGCCGUCCCCGGCAGCAGAAGUAGAGACACCAGAUAUACCCUCCCCUGCGCAGGAACCACCUGUUGUGGAAGUUACAAAGGCCGCCCCUGAUGUGUCGGCGAUCCCCACUGUCGAGGUUCAUGACGAGGAACCGCGAGAGACUUCCAGAGCCAGCAUGAAGGCCGAGAACGAUGAGAGAAUGCGGUCCGUUUCUCCUUCUCCCAAUGGCCGUCGCCGAAGGAGGCAUGCCGAUAAUACAAUCCGGUACUGCCAAGCGAUUGGGAUUGAACCGGGCAUUUUGGAAGGGCGCGGGAUCGAAUUCGAUGAUAUUCUAACUGAUCUUGGCUGGAACGGCCGCCUGGGUGACGAGAAGAGGAUCGAAGACCUCGAGGCUGACAUCCGCCGAGAGAUCGGACGCGUGGAAGCCAGUAGCUGGCUUGGUAAUCUUGAACAACAGGAGGGCAAGAUCGACCAGCUUGCGAAGUUGAUUGACAAGACCGUGGAGGAGUGUGAGGAGCUGGAUAACCUCCUGACUCUGUACUCGCAUGAACUUAACACUCUGAACGACGACGUGGCAUACAUCGAGACACAGUCGCAAGGUCUGCAAGUGCAGACGGCCAACCAGAAGCUCCUCCAGAGUGAGCUGCAGAACUUGCUGAAGACACUUUCUAUUUCGUCGACCGACCUGCGGCCUCUGAAGGAGGCGUCACUGAGCAACCCUGACGGGCUAAGGGACACCGAAGUUGCUCUUUCCACAUUAUACAAGGCCAUGUUGAUGAUCGACUCCAACAUCUUCCAGAACAAAAAGCGACUGGUCGAUACGCCGGGCGACCAUGGUGGCCUGGGAGUGUACGCUGAUACGGGGAUCGGACAGAUGCGCGCAAUCAAGGAAAAGAAGGAGGAGUAUCGCACGGAGUCGCGCCUCUUCUUGCAGCGUCUCAGGCAGUUCAUGUCGAUUGCCUAUAAGGUGGCGGAACAGAAGCGGGUAGACGCUGCUGCAAAUCGCUCGCGGGAUCAGAUGAAGCUGGACGGGGAGGCCCGCGAACACGCCCGCGAGGAGCUGUGGAGGUUCAACGCCUUGAUGCUCUUUGCCAGGGAAGUUAGCGGGUCCGAAUGGCACAGCCUGAUGAAUCUCUAUGAGCAGCAAGCGAAGAUGCCCUACCAAAAUGAAUUCCGCGAGAAUGGCCUGGCCUGGAAGAAAGCGGCAAGGAAGCCCACUGGGGAGGAGCAGGAGCUCCUUUUCACCCACCAAGAAAAAGACAAGGACGGCGAGGGCAUUACCAUGGCGGCACGCAAACUGACAGUCAAGCGUGGCAAGACCAUCAGGGCCGCCGCCGGUCUGCGGCACUCGUUUGGCGAGAAGCAACACGGAAAACUCGACUCGUACGAGGUAUUCGCCGGCGCACUCCAAGAGACACUGACCAUGAUCUCGGUGGAGCAAAACUUUGUCGUCCACUUCUUCCACCUCGACUCUCUUUCUACGGCCGAAUUUCCCGAUCUCGUCUCUGCCGACAUCGCCGGUGAACGCCGGCGCCCCAACUUUGCGGCCAACAAGUCGCACGACCCCGAUCGGGCCAUGGCGAAGCGGGUCGAACAGCUUAUGGAUGAGCUCUACGGGUUUUGGCCUACGGAUAUGCAGAACAUGGUGGACUGGGCUAUCAAGGCGGAUCCUCUGCAAGGGAUUGGUAUUCUUCUCAGCCUGGAGAAGGCCCUGUCGGACUUUGACGACACCAACCAGGACUUCAUCAUUCACUCGGUGCAGAAGCUGCACACGCGGCUCAUCGGACUCUUCAACCGAUUCGUGGACGAGCAGAUCCGGGGCAUUGAAGACACUAAAGUCAAGGUGAACAAGCGCAAGGGCGUGAUCUCCUUCAUGCGCGUGUUCCCCCACUUCUCCACGGCGGUGGAGAGUAUGUUCUCGCAGCCGGAGCAGGAGUUCUUCGACAUCCGGAUCAGUGUCAACGACGCCUACGACCGGAUCAACCGGGCGAUGUGGGAGUCCCUCAAAUUCAUUGCCAAGGAAGCGCCGGGCCACUCGGCGGCGGUGGCCGCUGCCUCGGGGGGCGAUCCCGAAGACAAGGAGGUGUUGAACUACCACAUCCUCCUGAUUGAGAACAUGAACCACUACAUCGAGGAGGUGGAUGUCCGCGGCCUGCCCGUGCUGGAGCGUUGGCACGACCGGGCGCGCCAGGACAUGGCGGAGCACAUGGGACUCUACGUAGACCUGGUCAUCCGGCGACCCCUGGGGAAGCUGCUCGAGUUCGUGGAGUCCCUGGAAGGGCUGCUGGCCGGGGCCAGUCACCCACCAGACAUUGCCAACCGGCCGGGCCACUCGCGGUCGGUGGCGAAGAAGCUGCUGUCGGCGUACGACAGCAAGGAGAUCAAACGCGGAAUCGAGCUGCUCAAGAAACGCGUCGAGAAGCACUUUGGCGACGCGGACGAUCCGGGACUGAGCCGGAGCCUGGUGGCGAAGGUGCAGCACGAGUGCGAGGGGCGGUACGAGGCGACGUACGACCGCACGCGACAGGUUCUCGACGCCGUGUACGAAGGGCAGUUGGAGCCGGACUGGCGCAAGGAGGAAGCCACGGCCAUGUUCAAGAAAUAG